AUGUACAGGCUUCUUACGAAAGUUGCAAAAUUCCCUCUCGAAAAUCUUUGUCGGCGUGCACCAGGAGCAAAAGAGAUUCAGCCCAAUCCUCGAAUUUGCAAGGCAAAUAGAUACUUUUUUCAACGCUUUCAAAUGGCAGCAAACCCAACACUGUGUGAGCAACUCACAUCUAUGGGUUUAGUAAAAUCUCUACCAAAAUUCCCAAACUGCUAUCCCGAAUUAAAUUCCGUUGAUAUUUAUAGAGCACACCUUACAUCUAUAUUGACUGAGCUUACCGGAGUGGAAGCAUCAAUAAUUUACCCUGCACUCCAAUGGACCCAAACUCUAGAUAAGGGAGAUCUUGUGCUUCCUGUUCCUGCUCUAAGAAUUAAAGGAAAGAAGCCAAAUGAACUAGCUUCCGAAUGGGUAGAUAAGUUUCCCGAAUCCCCCCUUGUUCACAAACCCUCAGUCAACGGAACAUUUAUUCAAUUUUUCUUCAAAGUUGAUAAGCUUGCCAAAAUUCUCAUACCAUCAAUAAAUAUUCAGAAAGAAACAUAUGGCUUAAAUCAAAACUUGGGGCUAAGAGAUAUAGGAGAUUCUUCAAAGGGGAGAAAGCGUAUCAUAAUUGAAUUUUCCUCGCCCAAUAUCGCAAAACCAUUUCAUGCUGGCCAUCUUCGAAGCACUAUAAUUGGUGGGUUUCUAUCGAAUCUAUACGAGGGAGCGGGUUGGGACGUAAUCCGAGUGAAUUACCUAGGAGAUUGGGGAAAACAAUAUGGGCUUCUUGCCCUAGGAUUUGAGAAAUACGGCAAUGAAGAAGCUCUCCUCAUUGAUCCUAUCAAUCACCUGUAUGAAAUCUACGUCAAGAUCAAUAAGGAUCUGGCUUCCGAAAAAGACCAAAUUAAGGACCUAGAAGGAUCUGGAAAAGAUGCUUCACAAUUAAAGGAAGAAGGACUCGAUGAGCAAGCCCGUCGAUAUUUUAAAGCAAUGACUGAUAACGACGACAAGGCUAUCGCGCAAUGGUCCCGCUUCCGAGAGCUAAGUAUAAAGCGGUAUAAAGAGACUUAUGCCCGAUUAAAUAUCUCCUUUACCGAAUACUCUGGUGAAAGCCAAGUGAAGCAAGAAAAAAUGGACUGGGCAGCGCUAAAGAUGACCGAAAUGGGUAUUUCUGAAGAAUCUGAAGGAGCCAUAAUCGUUGACUUUUCAAAACACGUGGCAGGAAAACCCGGGAAGAGUCUAGAGAGGCCCCUUAUCAAGAGGCGGGACGGUACAGCUCUUUAUUUAACCAGAGACAUUGGUGAAAUAAUACAGCGAGAAGAAAAAUAUCAUUUUGACCAUAUGAUAUACGUUGUUGCCUCGGCACAAGAUCUUCACCUGAAACAGCUUUUCAAGAUUAUUGAGUUGAUGGGAUUAACGGAAAUCGCCGCCAAGGUACAACAUGUGAACUUUGGUUUAGUUUUGGGAAUGAGUACACGAAAAGGAACUGUCAAGUUUCUCGAUGACAUUCUUCGUGACGUGGGCGAAAAGAUGCAUGAAGUUAUGCAAAAAAAUCAAGCAAAAUAUGAACAAAUUGAGGAUCCUCUUGCAACAGCUGAUAUUCUCGGAAUCAGUAGUGUCAUGGUUCAAGAUAUGAGCGGCAAACGAAUCAAUAACUACGAGUUUAACAUGGACGCCAUGACUUCUUUUGAAGGAGAUACUGGACCUUAUCUACAAUACGCUCAUGCGCGUCUAUCCUCGAUAACCCGCAAGGCAGGCCUCUCGAGUGAUGACUUGCUAUCUGCUAAUCUAGAAUUACUAACUGAACCUCAUGCCGUUAAUUUAAUUCGUGUGAUUUCACAAUAUCCAGACGUCAUUCAAAACACUUUAAAGACACUCGAACCAACAACGAUUCUGACAUAUCUUUUUAAGAUGACACAUACUCUAAGUUCAAGCUACGAUCAUCUCCGUAUCGUUGGUAGCGAGAGGGAGUUGAUGAAAGCGCGAAUGGCUCUCUACGCUGCAGCGCGGACAGUAUUGAACAAUGGGAUGCGUCUACUAGGACUUUCUCCGGUUGAAAGGUAG